UAAUGACGUCGUGCGUCGAGGAGAGCCUGCUGAACGACGCGACCGCGGCCGGGGUCAACGGCGGCCCGACGAUGCCCGCCAACAUCGUGGCCGGCCUCGGCGGCAGCGACUCGCCGGUCCUCAGCAUCGACGACUGCCUCAAGGUGCGCAAGUGGUGGUGCUUCGUGCUCUCGAGCAUAUUCACCUUCCUCGCCGGCCUCCUCAUAGUCCUGCUCUGGAGGGCGUUCGCCUUCCUCUGCUGUCGCAAAGAGCCGGAGUUCGCGCCCGGCGACCCCAAGCAGAAGGAGCAGAAGGCGGCCAGGCAGGGCAAGGAGUUCGAGGGCACCUUCAUGACCGAGGCCAAGGAUUGGGCCGGCGAGCUCAUAUCCGGUCAGACGACCACAGGACGCAUACUCGUGGUGCUAGUUUUCAUCCUUAGUAUUGCGUCGCUUAUAAUAUAUUUCAUCGACGCCUCCAGUGAGGAGGUGGAACGUUGCCAGAAAUGGAGCAACAACAUUACUCAGCAGAUAGACUUAGCUUUUAAUAUAUUUUUUAUGGUCUACUUUUUUAUACGCUUUAUCGCCGCCAGUGACAAGCUGUGGUUCAUGCUGGAGAUGUACUCGUUCGUGGACUACUUUACGAUACCACCGUCUUUCGUGUCGAUCUACCUGGAUCGCACGUGGAUCGGGCUGAGGUUCCUCCGUGCUCUUAGACUGAUGACGGUGCCCGACAUACUUCAGUACCUCAACAUCCUGAAGACGUCGAGCUCGAUUCGACUCGCUCAACUGGUCUCGAUAUUCAUCUCCGUCUGGUUGACGGCUGCCGGUAUCAUCCAUUUGCUCGAGAACUCGGGGGACCCGUUCGAGUUCAAGAACCCGCAGCAGUUAUCCUACUGGACCUGCGUCUACUUCCUCAUUGUGACCAUGUCGACGGUGGGCUACGGCGAUGUUUACUGCCAGACCAUACUCGGCCGCACAUUCCUAGUAUUUUUUCUACUCGUCGGCUUGGCCAUAUUCGCCAGUUGUAUCCCCGAGAUUAUUGACCUGAUCGGGACGCGAAACAAGUAUGGCGGAACUUUGAAGAACGAGCGAGGUCGCAGACACAUCGUUGUGUGCGGUCACAUCACGUACGAGUCCGUCUCACAUUUCUUAAAGGAUUUUUUGCAUGAAGAUCGUGAGGAUGUUGAUGUCGAAGUCGUUUUCUUACACAGGAAGCCACCCGAUCUUGAACUGGAAGGGCUGUUCAAAAGGCACUUCACAACUGUGGAGUUCUUUCAAGGAACCAUUAUGAACCCGAUUGAUCUUCAGCGGGUUAAGGUCCACGAAGCUGACGCGUGUUUGGUCUUGGCCAACAAAUAUUGCCAGGAUCCGGACGCAGAGGACGCGGCAAAUAUUAUGCGCGUCAUCUCAAUCAAAAACUACUCGGACGAUAUUCGAGUUAUUAUUCAAUUGAUGCAAUAUCACAAUAAGGCCUACUUAUUAAACAUUCCAUCAUGGGACUGGAAACAGGGUGACGAUGUGAUAUGCCUCGCGGAAUUGAAACUGGGUUUCAUAGCACAGUCCUGCUUAGCGCCGGGCUUUAGUACAAUGAUGGCUAAUCUAUUUGCCAUGCGUUCAUUCAAAACGUCGCCGGAUACACAGGCAUGGCAGAACGAUUACCUGCAGGGCACGGGCUGCGAGAUGUACACGGAAACCCUCUCCCCGUCCUUUACCGGGAUGACAUUUCCCCAAGCUAGCGAGUUGUGCUUUACGAAAUUAAAGCUGCUACUACUGGCUAUCGAGAUCAAGGGAGAAGGUGGCGCUGACAGCAAAAUAUCAAUUAAUCCUCGAGGUGCCAAAAUUUCAGCCAACACUCAGGGUUUCUUCAUCGCUCAAUCGGCUGACGAAGUCAAGCGUGCCUGGUUUUAUUGUAAAGCUUGUCACGAAGAGAUCAAGGACGAGACCUUGAUCAAGAAGUGCAAAUGUAAAAACUUGGCUACCUUCCGGAAAGGCGUUCGGGCUGUUCAAAUGGUCGGAAGAGCAAGUGACGACUUCUCUUACUCAAACGACCACCAUCCUCCCCCCACAUUCACUCCGCCAGAACUGCCCAAGAUGGUUCACGUGAGAGGUGAAAUAAGCCGUGACCGAGAAGACCCAAACGCCGUGCGCAAUCACCGGAAUUCCGUGGGAAUGACGACGAUGAACUCGACGAAACAGGUCAAUAAGGUGAAGCCGAACGUAAAUAGGAACGGUAGCGAUGGCUUGUCGAGCCCGAGCCAACCACCGCUCAAUCAGCCUAGAUCACAACAAGAGGAGUCCGCAUACGCCGGCUACCAUCUCGCCUACGAAGUGAAAAAACUCAUGCCGACGAACCGAGCGACCGGCGGCUCGAACGUCAACAACAACGGCGGCUUGCAGAUCGGCAUCGCGGACGACCAAGCCAAGGACUUUGACUUCGAGAAGACAGAGAUGAAGUACGACUCGACGGGCAUGUUCCACUGGAGCCCGGCCCGCAGCCUCGAGGACUGCAUACUCGACCGCAAUCAGGCGGCCAUGACCGUGCUCAACGGCCACGUGGUCGUCUGCCUGUUCGCCGAUCCGGACUCGCCGCUCAUCGGUCUGAGGAAUCUGGUGAUGCCGCUCCGGGCUUCCAAUUUCCAUUACCACGAGCUUAAACACGUUGUGAUAGUUGGCUCGGUCGAUUACAUAAGGCGCGAGUGGAAGAUGCUCCAGAAUCUGCCUAAGAUUUCCGUCUUGAACGGUUCGCCGCUGAGUAGAGCUGAUCUACGGGCCGUUAAUGUGAAUUUGUGCGACAUGUGCUGUAUCCUGUCGGCUAAAGUGCCUAGCAACGAUGACCCGACCCUCGCCGACAAGGAGGCCAUCCUAGCGUCCCUGAACAUCAAGGCGAUGACGUUCGACGACACGAUCGGCGUCCUGAGUCAAGUUGGAAGUCCGAUCGUUCUACAAAGGAGGGGAUCCGUUUACGGGGCCAACGUUCCAAUGAUCACUGAACUCGUAAACGACAGCAACGUUCAGUUCCUCGACCAAGACGACGACGACGACCCGGACACGGAGCUUUAUCUCACUCAACCGUUCGCUUGCGGUACCGCUUUCGCUGUUAGCGUCUUGGACUCUCUCAUGUCGACGACGUACUUCAAUCAGAACGCGCUGACGCUCAUCAGGUCGCUGAUCACGGGUGGUGCGACGCCCGAACUCGAGUUGAUCCUGGCCGAAGGCGCCGGUUUGAGGGGUGGUUAUAGUACCGCGGACAGUUUGGCCAAUCGGGAUCGGUGUAGAGUGGGUCAGAUAUCGCUUUAUGACGGGCCACUGGCCCAGUAUGGCGAAGGAGGCAAGUACGGCGAUCUCUUUGUCGCGGCUUUAAAGUCGUACGGAAUGCUGUGCAUUGGUCUUUACAGGUACAGAUUUCGUGACACCAGCUCUUCGUGCGACGCAUCUUCGAAGCGCUACGUUAUCACGAAUCCUCCCGACGACUUUACACUGCUACCGACAGAUCAGGUUUUCGUCCUGAUGCAAUUCGAUCCGGGCCUCGAGUACAGGCCGAGUCGAGGCGCGCGAGGCAAGGACGACGCUUCCUGACUGUUGCUGUGUAGCGCCCUCACCGAUGGACCAUAUUCCUACAUAUAAGCUCGACUUGGAUGAUCUUCAAAUCAAAAGUUAGAUUUUGAGCUGGAUCGAAGAAGCAACGAGCUGCAGGAAUAAUGUUUGCCGAUUUUUUCGAAGAAUCGAGCGUGCUCACGCACGCGCUACUGCAUCAUACAAAAUCGCCUUUCGCCCAUCCCCUUCGAUCAUCGUGAUUUCUCAGUGUAUAUAAAUAUAAAGAAAAAAAGCAAAAAAAAAGUCAUAAGAUGAGUCGAAUGCAAAACGGCUCAACCUGUAAUUAUCGUCAUCUUCAUGAAGAAAGUAACGUCGACUCGACGCAACUAGAGGCAUGGAACUCGUCCUCAUGAAUUCACUUUCAUCGUCAUCGGAAAUGAGAAAACAAGGAAAAGAAGAAAAAAUAGACCCCCUAGCCACGCGACCCUCUCCCCUUUGUUGCUCGCCGAUGUUCACGUUUGUCAAGUAGUAUAUAGCUGAUAUAAACAAUGGCCUUUCUCUCGCACACACGAUUCACGCCUAUUGGGCAGUACUCAGUACUAUACGCGCGAAAUUGGCUCUGCAUCGAGAGACGGCCACAGUCGCCAAGCCAUGUAGCGAAUGUGUAUAUUACUAAGCAUUUCCUUAAAACUCGUGUUAUUUGCUAUUUAUAGAUGUACGAAGCGCACGAGCAGAAAUGUCGUUCAUACAAACAGCGGCCCGUGUAUUUUUCUUAUAUCUAUUAAUAGUUGUCAUACGAUUUCCCGAUACCUGCGGUUAGAUAAAUCGAGGCCUAAUACACAAACAAACACACGUACACACAAAUCAGUAUGGAUUGAAAAUGUCUGAGGAGAUAUUCUCGUUAUAGUUUUCUUUUUAUUUUCUGCUUUCAAUACCGUUCAAGACGUAGCGAUUUUCGAGAGAUAUUAAAGUUAUGGGAUACCAAAGCGUUACUUUCGAUAGUUCAAUGAAACAUGAAAAACACGAUAAUUGUGUAUUUUUAUUUGUAAUAUAAUAUAUAGUUUGCAAUAACAAAAUAAUUAAAGGAAACGACGGCGACACGCAAAUAAAGGCGGCCGUUCCGCGGCGAUGAUGAUGAUGAACAAUGACGACGAUAAUUAUCGCUGAUAAAAAUUCACAAUAACGAAAGAAGAGGAUAAGUGAGAGUUAAGUUAGGCGCGUGCGGCACGACGUAUCACGGUAAACGAGGGCUGCUACACGUACACACUUACACGUUUAAAUACAUUUAUAAAUAAUAUAUAUUUAUUGAAAUAAAUAUAUAUAUACAGCUAUGCUGUUGAGGCAUUAAUACUUGAGCUACUUUUUCAACAAUCCUGCAACACCAGUCAAAAAUAACAUAUUAAUAAUUGGCUUGAAAAUUAAUUCGAAGCUAGUACCGUAAAUCUGAUUUUGCUUCUAGUUGGAAAUUCUCCGACAGCGAGAAUCGCUUCUUUCUCGAAGAUAUAAGAAAAAAAGUUACUUUAGUGAUGCCUUGUCAGCAUGAAUAUGUAAAAAAAUUACAUAUAGAUUAAACUUAUUGUAAUAUUGAGCUCGACUUAUAUGUAAAUUUUCCAUCUUCGUCGCGAAAAUAAUCACAAUUUUUCAUUUCAAUUCAAUAAGGCUCGACUUUCUCACCAUACAUUGACACAAAAUCGAGUGUAGGGGAUGAAUCACAGGUUUUUAUGUAUUUCUAAGUACGGGAUAAGACAGAUGACGUGGUUUAUGUCCAGUGUCAGUUCUUUUUUUAUUAUUUUUGAAAAAAUUUCAGAACUUUUGACGACGUUUCAAAGGACAAUUUCGAAAAACAGAGAGUGAAAGGAAGAGAAUUAAUAGUAGAGAGUAAAGGUAGAUGCGAGAGUUUCAAUAUCUUAGAUCGGUAAUUAAAUUUUGAUGAAAUCUGGAAUAAUAUACAAAAUAACGUAGAAAGAGACAUUUUUUGAAUUAUUAUCGUGUUUAAAUAGGUUUGAUAUACUGCGCGCAAAUAAAGAUUCCGUAGCUUUAGUAAAAAUAACGAUUCGAGAAUUUAAAAUUUCUCACGUAUUAUAUUGAUAAAAUAUAUUUACGUACAACACUUACAUGUACAAUGUAUAGUGUCGAUAAUGUUUUCUUUUCAAUAAUAAAAUAUAAUCGAAGACUUACUUGUGAAAAGUAUAAUAAUAAUAUAUAUACGUGUAU